AUGGCAGUGGAUCACCACAAUUCUGGACCUCACCAAGCAACAAAAUAUUCUCCGUUCAGUCUCGUUCACGGUCGUGAAGCACGGACCUUAGCUACCCCGGACUUUGGCGUUCAAACGGUUCCUAUCCAAGACUACCAAGUACAAACCAAAGAUUUUCUCGCUCGUGCACUUGCUGUGGUCCAAAUGGAAAAUCGUCGUGUUCAAGCCUCCAAUGCUAUCGCGUACAACUCACAAAGAACUGCUCCGACGUUCGAAGAAAACGAUUUGGUUCUUGUCGACUGUCCUGUCCUCUCUGACGCCUCUAAAGGUCGCGCUAAGAAGCUCGUGAAGAAAUAUCGUGGUCCUUUCCAAGUACAAGAAGUGCUUUCUCAAGAUAGUUAUAAUGUGCUUGAAGUUUCAAACCAAAAGCUCCUAAAGAAUGUACAUGCUGCUCGUCUUAAGGUCUACCAUCGCAAUGAGGACAUUGCUCAACCAAACCACCCGGAUGUUGUGAGUCCAGCUUCGGACAUUCAAAGUAUAACCUCAAUAGAAAACAACUUCUUUCAUCAACAUUAUUAG